CGUGGAGACUUCCCUUCGCACCGGAAUCGCCGCUCCUAUCUUGGUAGGAGUGCAACCAUGUUAGCUCCGCAGCCCAAACCCUAACACCGACGGCCCCCCUGCGAUGACCCCGCGCGUGCCGCCGUACCGCCACCAACCGGCGCACCUCGUUCUCACCGACGCUGUUGCUGCCUGGCACCCCUUCCACAAGAAGCCCUGCCUCUCCGACCGCUCCACUGCCCCCCCAUCUGCUCACCAUGCUGACGCAGCCGCCGCCGGCGCGGAAACCACGACCCCUCCUCCUUCCGCAGUUGGCAGCGGAGGAUCCUUCCGGUUGCUCGGGCUCCGCAAGCGCCGGCGCCGUGGAGGAAUCUCGCGGUCGGUCUCAGGUCGCAGCAGCGACCGCCGGAGAUCCGGCACGUGCUCCGACUUCCAUGUAACGUGCGGUCCAGGUGGUGGCGGCGCAACGGACUCCAGUGGCGAGAUGUGGGCAUCGGAUGUUGGGGAAUUGCGGGCGAGGGACGUUCCUAUGGCGCCGGAGUUUGCAUCGGCACCAAUUGGUCUGGCUGGAUCGGGGGCAGGUGGGACGGCCGCCGGGGUUGAGCUGGCAUCGGCUGAGUCCGGCUAUGGCAGCGAGCCUGGCUACCGUGGAGAUGUUGAGCUUGGUUACGGGGAUGAGAUAGACGAAGAGGAGGAGGACGGGAGGCAGCAGGUGUUCUUCUGGGGCGGUGAGAUCGGAGAUUGCAUCGCAGAUAUGGAUAAGAUGGUCAUUGUUGGUGAUAGUAGUUUUGGGGAGCAGAAGAGUCAUCACCGAUGCAGGCGCAAGAAGCAUGAUGUGAGGAUGUUGGAUGCUUUGAGAUGAAAAUGUUAAUGAGACCGGUAAAAAUCUGUACAUCAUUCUGUCUUGGUUUGCUUUCCGGACGCACCUCUUCCCCAGAAUCAGUUAUGGUAUAUCAGGCUCUGUACAGUUGUUUCUCAUAAUCAGUAAUACUCCCUCUAUUCCAA